GACUGUACGACCUGGGUGACGAGCACACAGCAAGUUAAAGUUCACUUCGCGGUGUAUUACAAAUAUCGACACUUUUUCAACAGUUGACUGCCAUUAAUAGCUACAGCCUAAUGCUGUUAGUUUAUUGGUGAAUGUGUAUUUGGUGGAAUUUGCCUGCAUAGUUGUCGGUCAAGAGGGCCUUCUCGGUGAAUACAGUCAUGAAGAAAGUGUUGGUUGCGGCUGCUGUGACCUUGAUCACUUUGUCGGUGACGUGGCAGGCUGCAGCUUGUCCUCCGACACAGUACAGCACGGGCACGGGCUCCUGCUGCCAGCUGUGCAGUGCAGGAACAUUCAAGGCUGCCGACUGCACGGUUGACGGUGGAGCUCCCGUCUGCUCGUCAUGUGAAGAGAACUUCUACACUGACAUGGACAAUCACGACGAGACGUGCAGCAUCUGCAGUCUCUGCCGCACAAAUGAGGUGGUGGAACAAGAGUGCACAUCCUCGACAGACACAGUUUGCAAGUGUGCCGAUGGCUAUCGCGAAGUUGAGCUUGUCUGUGAGCUCGCAGACGACGGGGAUAACUACUUCAUGGUGCUGGUGCUCGUGAUAGUGGGCAUUGCUGUGCUCGCGAGCAGUGCAGCCGCACUCUACAUCUGUAGAAAGAGGAACGGGCAGUGUGUGUGCUGUAAAACACCUUCGCAACCUCCUGUAAAGAACCAAGUGGAGAUUGAUGAUCCCGAGAGAAGAGUGUUUGUCCGAAGCUUCGACGACUCGGAUUUGAACUUCACCUUGGAAGCUGACAAAGACGACGUCUCCCUCACUUUGACUGAAGACAGAGUGUCCCUGACCCCCAGCAUGGGCAUCUCCACGCUGCGGAGGAGCAUCAGCACCCGCAUCAGGGAGAAGAAGGCGGAGGAGAGCGCCAUGGGCACGGUGUGGGAGGCGAUGGACCGCAACAUGUCCGAGCUCAGGCGGCUGAUUUGCAGCGACCCCCCGUGCCUCCUCAACGAGCUGCUGAGCCGCAAGCUCAUCUCGCAUCAGGUGCACAGGAAGGCGGCCUCCAUCAGUGACCGCACGGAGCGCUCCGAGUAUCUGCUGCGGCGCUUCGUCGACGGCGGCGGGGAGGAGUGCCUGAGUUUCAUGGCCGUCUUCUCGAUCGCGAAGGAAAACUCGGCGCGAUUCCGCGUCAUGAUGGCCACCUCGCGAAGGUGUUCACCUACCGUGGACGCGAAUUCCGCCUCCCCGUGGCUCCGCGUGUCCCGGGACCACAAGACGGUCACCUACAGCUGGGACGCGCAGAACUUGGCAGCCCAUCCUGCGCGCUUCGACGGAGUGUGCACGCAAGCGCUGUGCUCCGAGAGCUUCCCGUCGGGCCGCCACUACUGGGAGGUGGACGUCGAGUCCGCGUCGUUCUGCCGCAUCGGCGUGGCCUAUGUGACGAUCCCGCGGCGAGGGGAGGGCCGCAACGGCCUCCUCGGCGAGAACGACGCGUCGUGGUGCGUGAGGAAGUGCAACUCCGAGUACACCGCUUUCCACGCAGGCGUGGGCUCGCCCGUGUCUGUCCAAGUUCCCAUGCGGAGGGUCGUGGUUCACGUUGACUGCGAGGCGGGGAUAGUGUCGUUUUUCUGUGGCGAAACGUUUGCUCUCUUGCACUCGUUUCAGCACUCCUUUACACAGCCCCUCUACCCGGGAUUGUACCUGAAUAAGGCCGGAUCUGUGUCCAUAUGUGCGGUUUAACCAUGGCUGUAGGUGAAUGCGUACGUAUGGAUUGUGGAAUUUGGUAUGAACUUCGAGAAUUUUGAUCCGAGCUUUAAGAAAACAAUUUUUGUGUUUCUAAGAUGAUUUUAAUUAACGUUAACUAUUAUUAAAAGCAGCGGCAUAGAAAUGUAUUAUUGGAGUUUGGAGGGAAAUAGGAGCACAUUGAAAACAAACCUAUAAGGUUCACUUCAAACGUUUACAUAAUUACUGAUAUUUGUAAGAAUUUACUUUGAGUUUAUAACAUGGGUCCCCUUUAAAGCAGCCUCCUUCCAUACCAGUACACUAACUAUUAGCGGUUACACAGCUUCUGGAAUCAAAUCAGAAAGUAUUCAGAUGGAAAGUCAAUCACAUUUUCUUUAAUAUCCUCUGUGUCUUCAAAAUAAGUUGCUCUCAAAGUGAGCUUUAUGCGUUACAUUCUUAUGCAUCGGCUGCUGUCACACAGCAAGAGUUUUGGAUGACGAUUUCCUCAGUUUAAUACUACAUUUUAUAUUCCACUACUCUGCCCAUGAUGAUUAAUUCACGUGGUGCAAAAGUCAUACUCACAGGGUCUGCUUGUGUGAUUGGCCCUGUUGAAUCACAUGACUGCAGGACCACAACAUUGAGUAAAGAGUAAUAAUGAACAAAUGUAUAAUUUUUAUGAUACCUUCAACUGCAGUAAAAUCACUCCUGUAGCCUUUUAAGUGGACAUAAUGAAACUCCCAAUUAUCUGUAUACAUAUACGUGCUUCGUUUAAUCCGCAUUCUCAAUUUAAUCCAUGGAAAGCCUCAUCUGCCUUUGACAAUUCCCUCCUGUUCAAGAUAAGAGUGACACAGUUGUGGCAGGUUAAUCAUAUUAGCCUCACAUCAUGGGACCUCUUUUGCCAGUACCAAACUAUGAGCAUAAGUUUUCCCCUUAUAUCUGGCAACAAAACAGGUGUUAAGUUGUUAAAAGACCAAACUGAAAUCUUUUACAAGGAAUCAUGUCUACAUUAACACAAUACUUGUGGUCAGAAUGCAAACAAAAAACAUACUCUGGUGUGGACCAAUCAGUUUCAAGGACAAUGCAUAUAUUAUCAGUGUUUUUUUCUUUGCAUUUUGACCGCAAACAUUGUGGUUAAUACAGACAUGAUUCCUUGUAAACGGUUUCAGUUUGGUGUUUUAACAACUUAACACCUGUUUUGUUGCCAGAUAAAAGGGGAAAACUUAUUCUCAUAUUAGCCUUGUUUAUCUGCACUUUACCGCUCGCAUGAAAGAAUAUUUAACUGGAUCCACACAUGUGAUUGCGUCUACUUAUUGCACCCCAUCAUGAGAUCAGAUGAGUUUAACCAGAAAUUUACACUCCAGUCACCCACAGAUUAAUUACUCAUGCAAGUCGUUAUCUGUGCAUAUUAGGAAAUGUGCUUGUCAAUAGUAUAAAUGUUAAAAAGGUAAGUUUAAAAAGUGACUGAGCAGUGCCGUACAAGAAUAAAUCCAAUUACUCACCACUUUAGUCAUUACGUUUAAAUUAAUUUAUGAAUCAAUGUUCGGUUGUUUAAAUAUGUACUGCUCAACGUCACCUCAUGGAAACACCUCACUUGUUGAUUCAAAUCUAUUCCAAUUUAAACUUAAUUCAAAUGUCCGCAUUUCAAUUAGAGGUGUGAAAAUGCAACAAGUCGUCAAUGAAUAUCAAUUCUUAAGCUCACAUGUGUCAUAAACCCUCCUCCACCUGACACAGCCAAUUAAUAAAAGUAUCAAUUGGAAUCAAACGUGCCGAAUAUACAAUAGUCCAACAGUACUUAAGCACUCCCGGUGUGUUGGAGAAUAAUCUCGCAACAUUGAAAUGGUCGGGUCACGUUUUCGCUGGAGACUACAUCCGGCAUCAUCACGUUGUUAACUGGACCCCAGAUCUCGAUCCGAGUCCUAAAGUAGAUGCCGUUAGUGCAUUGCCACGCUAAUGCACGUGGAUGUCAUUUUAAUAAUUAGUCAAUUGCUCGUCGAUUGGUUAUGGCUGGCAUGUGAGGUUAAUGUCAUUCCGUGAAUAUAUUGAGCGAUUGGUUAAAAUAAGACUAUCCUUUAUUAGGUUAAGGUGUAUUGUGUUCGUAAUGAAACUGGAAUUUUAAUGCUAUUGUGAUUCUAGUUAAGCAUUCACGGGAUUUUCUCAUGAGGGUGAUAGAAGAGGUUCAGUUCGGUAUUUUGAAUGAAGUGUUAUUUUGUUAUUUAAUACAGCCAAUUACAUUUCCGUGUCAUCAAGAUUAUUAUUUAUUAUAAUUUGUUUCCAAGCCACACUCACUUUAAAGCCAUUUGCUCGGAUAAAUGUAUUGCGUUUUUUUCUCAAUCUCUAUUGAUUCUCUAAUUAAUCUUCGGCAGUAAUAAUUCGUUUUACUUCGGACUUUAACUUUAUCGAAUUAAAUUGUGUUCCCUUCCUAACAUGCGUAUCUGCAACCGAAAAUAAUUGAGUGUGAGUAUUUAAUGUGUCUGUGUUGCUCUUUAAGUCGUGCACUAAUGUUUGCGACUCGUCUGGCCAAUGUAACAUUUGCCGCAAGUGCACAAUCUGACAUGUACGGAAUAUCAUUUAUGUUAUAAGGCACUGACUAAGGU